AUGUCACCACAAUACCAAUCUACUUCAUCGUCAUUUGAAGAUUCAAAUUCAAAACACUCCAAGAGUGAAACAAAACAAGACCAACAGCAACAACAAAGCAAAACCACAUUGCCUACGAGCCCUUCAUCGUUAAACCAAAGUCUCAAACCACCAAUGUUCACUUUCGAAGGGGAUGAAUUAUUAAAAGAAGGAGGAGAAUUAGCAACAGCAGCAGCAGCAGUAGAAGAAGAAGCAGAAGAAGAAGAGGGAGAUCACCCAUACCAAUACGAUGUUGAACCACCAGCAAUUUUUGAACGUUCAGUUCAAGAUUGCUGUUCACCUCAUAGAACAAACUCCAUCAUAUCACUCACAAACACCUUGAACAACUAUACCCCUUCCUCAUCAUCAGCCUCAAACAACAACAAUAACAAUAGUGUUAAUGCUAACAGCAGCACCACUAGUAUCACAAACUUAACCAACAGCUUCCACAGUACUGCUUCAGGAAGCAGAAGAAAAUCAUUCAUCAAAAGACCUAGAUCAUCAACUACAAAUUCCUUCAAUAAUCGUCUUGAAGAUUCAUUUACCCCCUUAAACUCACUAAUCACUUCUUUUGACUCCAACAACAACAACGAUGCCGCCACCACGUUACCUUUAUCCCCCAAUAGUCCACCCAAAUUGAAACAUACUCAAUCACAAUUGAAUUGUUGUUCGUAUGCCGAGUUGAUUUGUGAUGAAUCCUGGUCGACUCAUUCACAUGGGGGAUCAUUUAGCGGUGCUAGCGGUGCAAGUGGUCUUGGUGGUGCGAGAAGACUUCAACAGCCACCUAUUAGAUCAACUCAGUCUUCGGGAGUUGUCCCCACUUUAAGAUCACCAAAAUGGAAAAAGUAG